AUGGAGAACCUUCCAGAAGAUAUUAUCAUCGAUACACUUUCGAUGUUACCAGUCAAAUCGGUCUCUCGCUUCAGGUGUGUAUGCAAAGAUUGGUAUAAAUUGUUCAGAAACCCUAAGUUUAUCAAGGCGCACCUUCACCAGGCUGUUCGGAACAACAAGUUCAGUAUCCUACUUAAAGUAUCUCAUGCCUCACAGUACGUUCAUUAUACUAUAGAAGAUUUUGAUGUAACAUCCUCAUCUUAUAAUAUGGUGCCUGUUAAAACUAAUCUCCCACCUGAUACAUAUGACUACGGAGAUAUUUUCUUAAGUGAUUACUUGAUUGGUUUACUUCAAGAUGGGAAUAAAAUCUGCUUGUGGAAUCCAUCAACUCGAGAAUACAGGUACAUGCCGACAUUAAACAGUAAGGAAGCCUAUAUUAGAGACCGUUCUUCGAAGUAUGGGGUUUGUUACGAUUGGAAAAUUGAUGAUUACAAGCUGUUCGAAUUAGUGGCCAGUGAAAGAUAUGGCGAUAUCUCUUCUGAAAUUUGGGUAAGUAGAUUAGGUUCAAAUUCAUGGAAGUGUAUUGGAAACAUACCUUAUGAUGUAGAUCGUAUUAGAGUUUCUAUGAAGCCUUUGAAUGGAAUUAUUCAUUGGAUAGGAGACACAAAAGUUAUACUUUCGUUCGAUAUAGUUCAAGAGCGAGCUUCAGAAAUCCAAAUACCCAGUUGCUAUCUAAAUAAUGGAAGUUACCCGUCUGAAUAUAUGGAAGUGGGUGUCUUGGGGGAGUACCUUUAUCUAUUAGUUAAUUCACUUUGGCCUUUACUCGGAAACAUGAGUCUUUGGGUGAUGAAAGAUUAUGGAGUUACAAAUUCUUGGACCAAAAUUUUUAGCCUACCGAAAUGUACAACAAGUUUCGCAUCAUUACGGCCUCUGCAUUAUCACAAUAAGAAUCGUGAGAUUCUAUUACAGGGUGUAAAUUUAGAAGACACGGAGGAUGUCUUAGUCUCAUAUGACCUUAUAAGCAGAAGGCUUGUGACCCUUGAUAUCCCCUGCAUGCCAAAACGUUUUACUGCGAAUACUAUUGUUGGAAGUCUAGUUUCACUCAAUUCAGGUAAAUUCCAAAAGGCUGAAGAAAUAUCUAUGGUGGACACUAGGCAUGGCGCUGAGUCAGGUGAAUUUAUUGAUGCUUCGGAUAUAUCUAAGGUGGAUACUAGGCAUGGCGCUGAGUCAGGUAAAUUUCUCGAGGCUUCGGAAAUAUCUAAGGUGGAAACUAAGCCUGGCGCUGAUUCAGGUGAACUCGUAAAGGCUGAAAACAUAUCUAAGGUGAAUCCUAGGCAUGGCUAUCGAGUCUCAAAGGUGUGGCUGGGGCACAUGCAUAUUCUGUUUUGCUGUCUUGUGCUUCUUUGCUGUUAUUUGUCUUUAUCCUUUUGCUUGAAAUGGUUGAACAAGAGAGUGUGGUGA